CAAAAUUCCCAUAUCAAUUCCCCAUCAAGCUCUUCGCAAUGGCGCCCACCAAACCCCUUUCAGCACGCGAGAAACGCCUGGCGCGGAUAAGGGGCGACAUCCCCGCGCAAGCACCGCACAAGACACACCGCCCAGAAGCCGUCGUACCAGAUGGCUUCCUCUCCACCAAGCGCGACAAGCGCAUCAUUAAGCACAGCGUCCUCCUCUCCAAGGUCCAAAAAUCCGCCGCCACCACCUCGUCAUCCAGCAACCUGAAGCGUCGGCGCCCCAACAAGAAACUCGUCGCCACCCUCGAGUCCCUCGCCGACGCCCUCCCGGAGCUGAACGAGGCCGAACUUUCCAGACCCGCCGAGGGGAAAAUCCGGCACAAGAGCUUGCGGAGCCGGCCCGGCGCGUUGAAGAGGAAGGAACGCCUCGUCAGGGGGGAGAUGGCACGCUUCGGGGCCAGCAUGGCCGCGUUGGCUGCGCUGCCCGAGUCCAAGACGGCAACGACGACCACUUCUACGAGUGGCAUGGACGUGGAGAACGAGGAUGGCAAGCCUUCCACUACUCCGGCCCCUUCGACGACUGGUCGCUGGGCCGCACUGCGGCGCCACAUUGCGAGCACGAUGGAUCAGAACCCGGCUUUCGCUACCCAGAGUAGUACCAGCGGCAACGGUUGAGUAGGCGGGGGGCCUCUCUUUCAGUGAUACGGAGAAAAGGAUUACAAAAAAAAAAAAAAAAAGAAA